UCUUGUGUGCCGUAUUCUUAUCCAGCUCCUUCAACAUGUCCUGUUGAAUAUGAAGUGAUGCUUGCUAAUGCAUUAUACUAACCUAGUAGAUAGGUACCUAACCGUUACAAGUUCCUCAAAGCUGAGCAGCGACACUGACGUCAUAUGCUACUACAUACCUAGGGUAGAUGUUCGACCUAUUCGACCUAUUUUGGAAUCCUAGAGACUCUUGUAUUGUAUCUAUCGAUCAAUCAUUUCUCACAAAAGCUUCAUAUGAGUUUCCAUGGUUUCAACUCCUUCGAGCCUUGCCCUCGGCUCCGGCGUGGCAGCCACUGUCACUCAGUCACUCGGGCUUUGCAAGUUUGAUACCUACAUUAGUAGCGACAGCAGCUUAGGUAUUCCCCCAUUGGUCUGGACUGCCAAAAGCCGCAUAUUCUGUACCCAAGGUGGCUACUUGGCUUGCCUGCAUGGUGCUUGCUGCUUGCAUUCCUACAUAGAGUUGGAUGCUCCAUACAUUAGCUGCUCGCCCGUUGGUCACUCCGACUGGAAUUUCUGCAAUUCUGCAAUUUUGCAAUUCCACAUGGGCAGUCAAAAACCAUUGUCGUCCCGUCUGUCUGACCACACCGUAUUCGAUAUCCGCUACCUAAAGUACAUAAUGAUGUAUUGGAUAUUGUGUACGGCUUCGUGGAUUGGUUCUAAACCUUGCCGCACAACGAGCCGAGUCUCCACCGGAUUGGUACGUGGACUUCGUGCGUUAGCAGAUGGGCAAAAUGGGUCAAGAGAUCGAGGCCCAUCUCCCCCUCUCCAUCUGUCGGGAGUGGCUGGACCCUAGAAAGCUAUUUUAUUUGUGCGUUUCUCCUGUCGGCGUCGCUCUGCUGUACGGCAUACAAACAAAAUUCGUUACAAAUCUGAUGAGCAGCACAUACUUUCCUGUUUCGCUAGACAUGCUGUUUAGUUGUUUACCAUACGAGACCCUGUAGCCUUGUGCUGCGGUUUUACAAGCACAAAGCUUACACUCGUUCAUAGUGUAUGUGGCAAACCAGACCCCCCGACUCUUUUCGAUUAACUAGCCUUCUUUUGCCCUUU